CCACUCUCUCUCUCUCUCGCCAUGUCCUCCCCCCAGCCCGCCAUGCCCGCCACGCCCACUCCCAUCUCCCUCGUCGGCAUCACCGGCCUCACGGGCAGCGCUGCGCUGGCGUGCCUCCUCUCCGCACCUGUCCCCUUCGCAAUCACGGCAUUCUCGCGCCGCCCCGCCCCCGCCACUGCCGACACGCCCGGCACGACGUACAACAACGUCGUGGGCGAGCUCGCGCCCACGCCCGCCAAGGUCGGGUCGCCGGGCGGCAUCUUCGUCUCCUGUCUCGGCACGACGCGCGCCGACGUCGGCGGGAUCGACAAGCAGCGCGUGAUUGACCUGGACAUGAAUCGCGACCUCGCGCAGCAGGCGCGCAAGGACGGCGCCGAGACUGUCAUGCUUGUGUCCACGUCGAUGGCUAACUCGGCUGCGUGGUUUGCCUACCCCAAGAUGAAGGGCGAGCUUGAGGACGCAGUCAAGGGCAUGGGCUUCCGCCGCACCAUCCUGCUCCGUCCCGGCGCGCUCCUGUACGACGGUGACCGUAACAUCAAGCGCACAGCCGAGAGCCUGUACGUCUCGACGCUCAAGGGACUGCGCGCGAUCGGCGUGCCGACAACCUCGCUGGCCGUAGACGCUGAAGACGUGGGUGCGGCGAUCGCGCAGCUCGCGAUCCACCCGCCACCUGAGGGCGUGACGGAGCUGUACAACGACGACAUGAUCAAGCUCGCCAACGAGUUCCGUGCUGCGCAGAACAAGGCGCGCCAGGCGUAGUUGCUGCCCGAGAGCUUCGAUUCCCCCGCCCCAGGAUACCCCGCCGUCUUAUACAUGUACCACGGACAGUCGCACAU